GUUAAAUGAAUUCCUGUCAUUGGAGCAGCCAUAGGUAUUUAAACUAUUGAUCCAGCAGCCGAAACUGGCGCUUUUCUAUUUUUAUUUAUAAAACUUACGACCAGCUGUUGCCAUUAAAGGGUACGGACGCUGACUGGUAGUUGUUAUAGAAGUUUUCACAAAUAUGUUGUUUGUGUAAAGAAAUCUUUGUGAAAAACUGGCUUGCAAUGAAGUUGAGUUAUGGUUCCAAAGCUGCAUUAUGGGGAUAGAAAGUCUCACUAUAGAAUUAGACAAUCCUGUUGGAAUUUAUUUUCCUGGAGAGGAAGUGUCUGGAGUAGUUCACAUCUCAAAUGUCAGCAGUAAAAUACUGAAAGGAAUAUACCUGGAAUGUCAAGGCUGUGCAAAAUUUUGUUUCAAAGAAUUGAGUAGUCAGACUUACUAUUCAGCUGAAGAAACUUAUCUAGACCUGAUUAUUCCUCUAAUUACCAAUGAAGGCAGAGAAACAUUUGAACUUGUCAGUGGAGUUCACCAAUUUCCAUUUGUGUUUGUACUUCCAAAAAUUCCCUCUUCAUUUCAAACUGAGAUGUUGGAAAAAUUUGGCUAUGGCCAUGUCAAAUACUCAAUCAAAGUAGUUUUGAAGAGAUCUUCACGUCAAGCAAAUGGAGAAACCUUCUACAUUCCAUUCACUGGAGUUUUGAAGCCGUCAUGGAAACCAAAUUACGAAUAUGUGCUCGCUCUUACAGUUAAAACCAUUGUUGACUUAAAUACAAUCCCAAAAGCAGCACUACCAACACAAUCAAUAAAAACCAAGCCCGUUUUUCGUUGGUUUUGCUGCCGAUCUGGACUUAUAACGGUAACACUGUAUCUAGACCGUACAGGCUAUGUCGCAGGUGAAACCAUUCUCUUGCAUGAAGAUGUAGACAACCAAAGCAUGACAACAUUGCUUGGUGCAACGGUUUUUCUCAUUGAGAGCGUUGAUUUUCAUACCCACAACAAAUCCAAAACCUACGAACGCGUUUUGUGUGAACAGAAACGGCGCGGAAGAGUGUUCCAAGAAGUACCUCAAGUGUUCCCAAUCGUCGUCCCUACAAUGACACCAUACUAUUUGCAUUUUUGCGAUAUUAUUGACCUCUCCUACAAAAUUGAGGUAAAAUGGGUCUGAGAACGUUGUAGUCUCGUGUUGAGUAAGUCAUAGCUUUAUUCGUUCCAGUUCCGACUUAUCGACUCUGAAAGUCCGAGUCAUUUAAAACUGUAACAUUGUUUUUGUUAGCAAGCUGAUUAUAAUUAAAGGGCUAUCGAUAGUACUUUGGGGCUUCAGUUUUGUAGCUGGGAGCUGGAUAAUAUUUAGGAGGCUCAGUGUAGUAGCCAAGGGCCUUGGUGGUGUAGUACUCGGGAGCGGAGUACGUCGUGGUGUAGUAAGAAAUCAGAGUUGAAACAAAAAAGUUGUGGCUGUUUCAAUGUGUGCAUCAACGCCAACGCUGUUCUGUCAGCUGAAAACUAUAUAGGCCGUACCUAUACGAAGGCGGAGGGGAGGAAUAGGACCCGGAGAAAUAGGACCCUAAAAAGAAAGAUAGAAAAAGAGGUCCUAUUUCUCCAUGGCCUUUUUUGGGGUCCUAUUUCUCCGGGUCCUAUUGGUCGGGGUCCUAUUUCUCCGGCUACCUCUUGAAGCCAUUUUCGACCUGGAUUUGGCGUCAGACAAUCUCCAAUGGUCCGACAACGUCCAUCACCAUACUAGCCACCUUAUACCAUUCGCACAUUUCUGCACCUAAAUGGGAUACCACAGUGUAUGAUAAAUGAUGGUUAUAUUGAUCCUUACGAUAGUCUUGAAGCCAUUUUCGACCUGGAAUUAGCGUCAGACAAUCUCCAAAUGGUCCGACAACGUCCAUCACCAUAUAACCAUCAUUUAUCAUACACUGUGGUAUCCCACUGUAACGGUGCUAGCGAACCAACACCGUUACUGAACAUAGAAUGUUUUAUCAAGUCUUUUAUACUGUUAAAUAGAUGUUGGAAAACAGCUACUGUCCGUUUUGGCAUCUGUUGGACCUUUAUGUUGGAUUUGGUAAAUGAGAUAGACUAAAUUGACGAAAAUAAAAAAUGAACUUUA